GCACAUAACACCAGAAAAGUUUUACGUGGAAGCUUGUGAUGAUGGAGCAAAUGAUGUUCUUGCUAUUGACAGAGUCUCCACAGAGGUCACUCUUACAGUUAAGAAAGAUGUUCCCCCUGCAGCUGUUACAAGGCCUAUACAUGGUAUUUUGGGAACAAUCCGUCUGGUAGCAGGCACAUAUCUUAUUGUAAUAACAAAAAAGAAAAAAGUAGGUGAAAUUUUCAAUCAUGCAAUCUGGAAAGCAGCUGACUUUGACAUCCUCUCCUACAAAAAGACCAUGCUACACUUAACUGAUAUUCAGUUGCAGGACAACAAAGUCUUUUUAUCAAUGCUUAGUCAUGUCUUGAAUGUGGAUGGAUUUUACUUCUCAACAACAUACGACCUAACGCAUACUUUGCAGCGGUUAGCCAACACAAGUCCAGAAUUCCAAGAAAUGAGUCUACUAGAGAGGGCAGAUCCACGGUUUGUGUGGAACGGGCAUCUUCUUAGAGAAUUUGCUGCUCAGCCAGAGAUCCAUAGGUUUGCUACUCCAGUGAUGCAUGGAUUUAUAACUAUGCACUCUUGUUCCAUUAACGGAAAGUGUUUUGACUGGCUACUUAUUUCCAGAAGAAGCUGUUUCAGAGCUGGGGUACGCUACUAUGUGCGAGGUAUUGAUUCAGAAGGACAUGCAGCUAACUUUGUUGAAACAGAGCAAGUUGUACACUACAAAGGGAGCAAAGCUUCAUUUGUCCAGACCCGUGGAUCAAUUCCUUUCUUCUGGUCACAGAGACCAAACCUCAAGUAUAAACCAAAGCCACAGAUCAGUAAAACAGUAAAUCAUAUGGAUGGUUUCCAAAGACAUUUUGACUCGCAGAUAAUAAGCUAUGGAAAACAAAUGAUCGUUAACUUGGUUAACCAGAAGGGCUCAGAGAAACCUCUUGAACAAACAUUUUCAAAAAUGGUAAACAGCAUGGGAAAUGGAAUGGUCAGAUAUGUAGCAUUUGACUUCCAUAAAGAAUGCAGUCGAAUGAGGUGGGAUCGGCUCCAGAUUUUGUUGAAUCAACUAACAGAACAACAAGACGAGUUCAGUUAUUUUCUAGUUGAUUCUGAUGGUAAAGUGGUGACUCAGCAAGAAGGUAUAUUUCGGAGUAAUUGCAUGGACUGCCUAGACCGGACAAAUGUGAUUCAGAGCCUUCUAGCACGCCGCUCUCUCCAAGCCCAACUGCAGAGGUUAGGUGUUUUGCACGUUGGACAGAGAAUUGAAGAACAAGCAGAAUUUGAAAAAAUUUACAAAAAUGCUUGGGCUGAUAAUGCAAAUGCUUGUGCCAAACAAUAUGCUGGAACUGGUGCCUUAAAGACAGACUACACAAGAACUGGCAAGAGAACUCAGUGGGGCCUAAUAAUGGAUGGCUGGAACUCGUUAAUACGUUACUAUAAGAAUAACUUUUCUGAUGGAUUUAGACAAGAUGCUAUAGAUCUCUUUCUUGGAAAUUAUUCAGUGGAUGAAAUAGAACCUUCCAGCCCUCUACAUAUCAAGAAGGACUGGAAAUUUUUAGCUUUGCCUAUUAUUAUGGUGGUUGCUUUCUCAAUGUGCAUCAUCUGUUUGCUGAUGGCUGGUGACACCUGGACUGAGACCCUGGCCUACGUGCUCUUCUGGGGAAGUGCAAGUUUUGGAACUUUUGCUAUCAUUCUUUACAAUGGCAAGGAUUUUGUAGAUGCACCAAAACUAGUUCAGAAGGAAAAGAUGGACUGAAUUUGUGUGUGUGGAAAGCGGCUUGGCAUGGAGGACUCCUCAAGCCACACUUGGAGUCUCUACUGACCUGCUUUCCACACCAAGUAGUGGUCUUUUUAACUUUCUUCUUUGCUGGGAGAUAACUAAAUUAUCGGUUUGGUGGUGGUACCUUACAGUUGAGAUCUGAUUUCAGUUUGUCACAAUGAUCUUUGGAAUAUUGCAUUAGUUGUGAAGGUUGCCCUCCAUAACAAAGUAAGUCUCAUGUGGAAGUCACAAUGAUGCUGGUGUUAGGUGUGUUUUGGUGUAUAAAUAGGCCUACUCAGCUGACAGGUGAGCAGGGUAGUUCCAGCCAAGCUAUGUGAUUUUGAUGGGAGAGGUCUGCGGUGCUGCUCAUGUGUCAACAUACCCAGAUGUUGGAGUGUUAAUAUAGACUCAAAUCAUGUUCUGAGCUAAUAUAACUUCACUGUAAGAACAGGAAAGUGGAGUUUGCUUUCUAGAUCUUACAGUUGAAUUUCAUUUGUCAUAAUAGUUGAUGUGAGCAAGAGUCCUAUUUGUAUACAUACCACUCUGUUUGCUCCAAACAUAAAAAAAAAUGUGUAUUAAUGCUUUGUUUAAAAUACGUGUUGUCUUUUGAUGCAAUAUUCAAUUAAAUCAUUGUUAGGGAGGGAAGAAUGAGACUGUGAUUAGACAUUUCUGAAGCAGCAAAUGUCGGCACUGCCUAAAUAUUGCAGUCUUCAGACAAUACUGUAUUACAGUUUGACAGCUUAAGCAUGAUUCAAAUUCAAAUACAAGUUGUCUCAAGAUAUAAAUGAAACCUAAGAAUGUAAAACUCCUUCUACUGUGUUUAUUGAACCCUUUUAUGCUAAAGGUCCAAAGUACUACUGUAUUUUAAGAACAGUCACCAUAGAGAAGAUGCACUCCACAUUUGUUUUUUGUUAGUCACUGCUUCUAUACAUUUUGGGGUAACCUGUGGAAGAAAACUCUGGGGAGAUGGACUUCUCUUUAAAUUCCAUUUUUUUUGCACUUGGGAGCAAAAGCAACUUGCUUUUCAUGCAUGAUGUUGUAACACUUCUUAAAAAAAAACAAACAAAUUACUAAGCUACAAAAAUAACUUGUAUUGGUUAUCAAUAAAUGUGUGUCUUAAACUUAAUGCUUCCAAGCUGUAUUUAAAAAAAAGAUAAUCCUAAUCAAGGACCAAUUUUAAAAUUUUGCCAUUUUAUUUUAUAUGGUUUCAGGAAAACCAGACAUGAAAACUUGCUUAAGACGCUGUGCAUUGUUUAAUAUUUCUUGUAAGUACAGCUGUAUAUUCAGAUUGCAAUUAUGAAGUUUAAAUAUUAGAAGAAAAACUAGGGUUAGCACAACUGUCACUGUUGAAACUAGUACACAAAACUGAUGCUGCAGUGUAUCAUUGUGUUAUGAUUGAAAAUAUGUACAGUUUUUUUGCAAUGGUAAUUGUUCAUUUUAACCUCAAAUGUUUCUGAAGGCCUCUCUGGGUUUUGUUUUUAAACAUUACCUGUUAUCUGUACAUUACCUACACUAGUAAUGAAAAAGCAAAAUACCUGUCUAGCUUUUUAGAUACUAUAAUGGAAAUAUCAGUUGAUGGUUGAACUGGAAAUUUCUCUAACUUAAUCUCAGACACAACUGCAUAAUAGAUAAGUGUGCACCAUAGCUUAAGAUAAUGAUUGGAAGGUCUCACUAGUGGGGCAUUUUGAAACAUGGCUCAAGCAAAUCUUCUGUGCAUGCUCUGUUUAAGAGUUUGCAACAAAGACCAAACUUGAAUGGUUAAUGUACUUAUGUAGCAAGACCUGAUGUAUGUUUUGAGAGUUGGAAGGGUGUCUCUCCUUCAGUACUUUGCAAAGUGUGUAUUUCUAAAUUCACAUAUGGUGUACUCCAUAAAUUACAAUAAAAUUUCAAUCUUUUCUA